AAUCAGACUCCCAACUCGUCACAUAUGGACGCUUGGUCAGGACCCCUUGGCGUCACAUAUUAACGCACUGGGUACCCCCUUGGCGUCAUUUUUCAACGAGCAGGGCAGUCCGAUAGACUUCAAUGGAACUCUGAACCGGAGCCUGCGGCGUUGAAAUUUGACGUCUUGGGUAAACACACCGCAGCCCGUUGUCUGCUGUGGAUGGAUCGAGACUACAAUAAAUAAGAAUAGAUAGGAAUAGGCUGCAAUAAAUGAUCUAUGCCGAGUGUGGUCAAAUGGCGGCCCCCAUAUCAUCUUUAUCUGGCCACCCAACUGGUUUUUAAUGUUAAGAAAUCCCUCGCAGUCUGAUAUUAAAGUGCCCUCUGAGAAAAAGGGGGAGCGUUCACAGAAAAUGAACAACGGUGAGUUUAACAACGGUCAUCGUGUGUGCGACAGCAUUCAGCGGUGAGUUUAACAACGCCCCACUGCAGCUAAAGCAUCAUUCAGAGGUGAGUUUAACCAAAACAACGCUCAACUGCAGGUAGAACAGCAUUCAGAGGUGAGUUUAACAACGCUCCACGCUGCGUGUAGUAAGAAGUUUAAGCGUUUUCUGGUCACAGGGUAAGUGACUAAUUAGGGUGCAUGCUGGAUAAUGUAUUUUUAUAGGACUCUGGUAUUGAUAAAUAAAUAUGUAUAUAUGCUUGUGUUCGAUUAAUCAAUGUCUUGUUUGUUUAUUUAUUUAUUUAUUAAAAAUCCUCAAAAUUAAUAACGCUGACGUCAUUGUAUGGCGCGAUCGCGAUCCCAAGGUCCAUUGCGAUUUUCCACUUGGUAAGUAGAAAAGUUAAUUAAUAGAGAUCGAGACUAUUCUUAAAUUCACACACUAAAAACUGUAGAAUCAGGUCAAGUUGUGUUUAGAACUUUUAGAAGUGUAAGGCAGCAAUUUAUUAGGACGGUUAAUGAUAGAAAACUUUUUUAUAUAUAUAUAAAUUACUUGCUGCACCAAAUGUGCAGUAGGCUAGCAAAGUUAGCUAAUUAAAUUCAAGUUAAUUUUUUUCGCAUAUAAUCAUGAAGGUGCAAUCAUGGGGAAUACAAGAUUUUCAGUACUGAUGUGUUUCCAGUUACCUAUUUUACAUACUCAGACUGCCACUUUAGCCAACAUUAUAAAUGGUCCGGUAAAAAACAGGGUUGCCAGAUUAGUUUGUUUUCCAGCCCAGUAAUUGUUUAAAAUCCACAAAUAAUCUGACAAUAAACGCCUAAAUAUUAUCUAUAAUAAACAGUAGAAACAAAUUCAUAACAACAACAUUAUUGUGUCUCAGCACAAUUUCUCAGUUUUCUAUUUCUUUCUUUUGUAUUAAAAUAACAAAAUUCCACCUGCCCAAGCCCAUUUAUUCACACAUGGUGUAACCCAAAAUCAACCAAAUGGGUGGAAAACUGUCCAAUCUGGCAACAUUGAUGAAGAAUACUGGUGUAAAGUGUAAGGCACAGGUGUCAAACAGGGUCGCAGCCCUGCAGAGUUUAGUUCCAACCCUAAAUAAAUGCACCUUACUCAGCUAAUCAAGUCCUUAAGGCUUAUUUAAAAGUUAAAGGUAUGUUUGUUGGAGCAGGGCUGCGGCCCUCCAGGAACAGAGUUUGACACCUCUGGUGUAAGGUAUUCAAUUCUUAAUAUAUUUUUUUUCUCUCUCAUCAGGUCUUUCGAAUUUGCCUGCUCCUUAUUCUAAACCCGACCACACAGACAAACACACACUCACUCACACAAUAAAGGCACUUAUAAGAGCCACGUCUGUCCUGUUUACCUGUCUGUGCUGUAGUUUACUUGUCAGUCUCUUUUUAGCUCUCUCUAAUCUUUAUCUCUGUUUUUAUCUUUAUUUGUUUUAUUUGAUCAUCUCUCCAGUUCUCUUAAUAGUUCCUAAAAAUCCUCUUUAUUGUAACAGUUUGUCAAUCUGUUGUUUGUUUGUUAUAUUUCUUGUCUAGUCAUGACAAGGCCCAAAUUCAGGUCCUGCCCUUCUUGCCAGACUCCCAAUCAGGCAAGCAGGAAAACCUGUCAUGUCUGCUUUGGAAGCCUGUCCACCAAAAAAAAAAUAAAUGAAAAAGUGGCAUCACUGGAUAGCCAGUGGGGGAAAUCUGUCCUUAAAAGCAGAAAUGCUGGGCGUCUAAUUGAUUCUGCCCGUAUUGCAGUGCAGAAACUUGAGGCUGUUGGAUACAAGCCAAUUUUAUUUAUUGGGAAACAGGACAAAAGGGCUUCAAAUAAGUGGGUGGCAGAUAUUAUUACACAUCUGCACCACACUCCUGUCACCAAAAUUCUUUUGGAGAAGAUGCGGAGGGCUUAUGAGUUUAUCUUAACAAAAGCAACCUCCACAGCACAGCAGCCAGAGAGUGUUGCCGCGGAGCAACCGGAGAGCGUCGCCGUGGAGCAGCUGGAGAGCCAAACCAUGGAGCAGCCGGAGAGCCUCACUGCGGAGCAGCCGGAGAGCAUCGCCGUGGAGCAGCCGGAGAGCAUCGCCGUGGAGCAGCCGGAGAGCCAAACCAUGGAGCAGCCGGAGAGGAUCGCCGUGGAGCAGCCGGAGAGCCAAACCAUGGAGCAGCCGGAGAGCAUCGCCAUGGAGCAGCCAGAGAGCGUCUCCGUGGAGCAGCCGGAGAGCCUCACUGCGGAGCAGCUGGAGAGACAAACCACGGAGCAGCCGGAGAGCCUCACCAAGCAGUCUGAACCCGUAUUUGUUCUGAAUCUUGUUCCUGUGUCUUCCUCACUCUCUCCAACCUUUCUCUCUCCUCCUUCCUCUGCUACUCCUACAACUGUUCUUCCUUCACUUUCUUCCCCUCCUCCACCUCCACUGCGGCAGAGGAAAAGAAGGUUAAACACCUUUACCGCGUCACACUCUACCACCCCUGUCUCUACUCCAUAUCCAUCUCCCUCUUCCAUUUCCAAGCCUUUGAGUCAGGAGGUGCCACUGGUAAAGAACAGAAGAAAAGGUUGUCGAAAAUGUAGUAGGCAGAAGGUUUUCCUUUUUGAUAAAAUAACUGGGGAACGGAUAAAUGAGGGGAAAGCUGAAUUGAAAGUUCACUGGUUGCCUUGCACUGUGUGUGGCAAAACCUGGGAUGACACAUGGGAGCCUGCGAGUGAAUUCCAAAACAUUGUGCCAAAGUCCCCACAUCCCAACCAGCUUUCAGCAUGACAACAUCACCAUAAACACCUGGACUCAUCAAUCACCCUUCAAUGCAGUUUAUUUUUGAGUGUUUUUGCUGUUCUUCAGUAAAGUUUUUGCACAGUA